CAAAAAAAAAAAAAACAAAAAAAAAAAACAAAAAAAAACUGUGCCAUUAAGAUUCACAAUAAUGUUUCUUCAUAGUCAGCCCAGAUUUUCCGUCCAUGCUCUGAAUCAAUAAUUCCGGCGAAGAUUAUACAGAGAACCACCCAGCCAGGAGGAUUUUUUAUAUAUGUGUGCCACCAAUCUAUAGAUACAGAUGAUGUAUGUAUAUAUGGGGUGAUAGAGACACAGCUCAGCUCGAGAAAAAACGGGUUUUGCGCAUAACUUACAAAACAACCAACCCGAACCAAACCAUUAUACUCUCUCCCACUCCUCAAUCCAUACACUCUCUCUCUCUCUCUCUCUCUGUUUUCUCUUUCUUUCUCUCUCUGUUUUUGUUCUUUUGUGUCAUGUACAGAUUAGCUGUAGUGAAUAGUGAUAUUGUCAUCAACCGCCGUGCGCCGCCGUGUCGUCCUUAUGAGAAUAGUUUCAUCGUUUCUAUCGCCGGCCAUUCCUGCUCCGACUAUUUCCCACGCGUUUCUCCGCUCUAAAUCCGUUUCUGGGAAGAAGGUGAGGGGCGAUUUGGGAUGGGCCCGCGCCGCCAUUGUUGGGGGGGAGGAGAAAGAGAAGGUGGUGGUGGUAAUGGGGGCGACGGGGUCCGGGAAAUCGAGGGCUUCGGUGGAUUUAGCCACCCGGUAUUUCACGGCGGCGGAGGUGAUCAACUCCGAUAAGAUACAGGUCUACAAGGGGCUGGAUAUCACGACGAACAAAAUCACAAUGCCUGAGCGGCGCGGGGUGGAGCACCACCUGAUAGGGGAGUUUGAGGCGUCGGAGUCGCGGCCGGAGUUCUCGGCGGCGGAUUUCCGCGCCGCCGGCGCGGAACGGAUAUCGGACAUCGUGGGGAGGGGGAAGGUGCCGUUUAUCGUGGGAGGGUCGAACUCCUAUAUCUACGCUCUGUUGGUGGAACGGUUCAACCCCGAGUUGGACGUGUUCGACGACGAGUGUAACUCGGUGGGUGACUCGUUCGGCCUGGAGCUUCGCUACCGCUGCUGCUUCCUCUGGGUGGACGUCUCCCCGCCGGUGCUAAACCGCUACCUUUACAAGCGAGUCGACGAAAUGAUGGAUUCCGGCAUGCUGGAGGAGCUUUCCCGGUGGUACUCCGAUCCGAGCAACCCACUGAGUCGGACCGGGCUGGCCAAGGCGAUCGGGGUCCCCGAGUUCGCCGCGUAUUUCCGCGCCCCCCGCGGGGGUGAACGACGGGAGCGGUUAUACGCGGAGGCGGUGCGGGAAAUCAAGGAGAACACGCGGCUGCUGGCGGAGAGGCAACUCCGGAAGAUCCAACGGCUGAGAGAAGUGGGCGGGUGGGAGAUGCACAGAAUAAACGCCACGGCGGCUUUCGCGGCGGCGAUGGGGUCGGAAUCCGAAUCGGAAACCGCCGAGAUUUGGGAGAAUCAGGUGGUGCAACCAAGCAUGAAGAUUGUGGAGAAGUUCUUGUUGGAGUAGGUUUUCCAGCUAUUUCCAGCUCUCACUCUCUCAAUACAAUAUUUUUAAUUUCACUUUUUUCUUUGAAAAAAAAAAUUUAUUUAUUUUCUGUUUUUUCUUUUCUUUCUGUUUUUCCCCAUAGAGAGGAAAAAAAAAAAAAAAUUGCGUAUUGAGAGAGUUUGGAUGAAUGGGCGACCAAUUUUGAUGGAGUUUUGGGCAUUUUUCAGUUCAAAAAAAAGUCUUACUAUAAAUACA